CAAUCGUCAAUCGGCAGAUUGGAAACGGUCAGCCUUGUCACUUGUCACCCAAUCCUAGAAUAUCCAGAAACACCGAUACCGACCUUCAUCAUUCGAUAGCAACGGCAGUACAUUUCCUCAGCCAUAACAGCCAUAACCAGCAUCCCUUGUGAUUUACGUAGCACCCCUCCAUCUCUAUUGUGGAAGAGGGGUCUUACGGGAUUACUUGUCCGUUAGUCAUUCGGUUUUAUAGAAUAUUAUACCCCUAAUACCACGCCACCAUGGAUUUCGCAUACGACCACAUAGUCGAAGAAGGCCUUCCGAAGGAUAGCAAAGAGAAUAACAACACUAGCAACCAGGCUGCGGAGUCUUCCCAACAGAAACCCGAGCAUACUCUCAAUGAAGACCUUCAGGAAGCGUACCGUGCAUUCUCUAGCAGCUCUUGGGGCACAUGGCUUGGUGGAACAGUCGGUAACGUUAUCAAACAGGGCGGGUCUGUAUACAGAGAGGCACAACAAGAGGUCACAUCGCUUGGCGUAGAUGCUACUCGAAGCUUGGCAAACCUCCGCGCGAGGGCUCUUUCGUUAACCACAACACCCCCCGUUACAGAUAGGGCGCCGCCGUCUGGUGAUAAAGAGAAAGAUCCGGAGAGAACCCCGACAACAGACAAGGCAUCUGGUUCUGAUGAGACGGCUAAGGACUCUGAAACGGUCAUAUCACGACUAAAGGCCGAAGCCGCAAAACGCUUGAAGGAUAUCCAACGUGCCGAGGACGCUGCCGACGAGGCGCUCUUAAAGUUUGGCGGAAACAUCCGAGACUUCUUCCGUGAAGCUAUCAUUGUAAAGCCUGCUUCGGAAUCAGACGACUCCAAGGGAACUGCCCGCCGGUUCGAGAGUAAGGAUGAGUCCGGAAAGCGAGUAAUUCACACUUCGAGAUACGAUGCACAACUUCAUGUCCUACAUACGACCGAGAAGAGUUUUACAGAAGAUCCCACUGGUGCCGAAUAUGCCGCGUGGUCCAAGAACUUCGAUGUAGAAAGCAAGACGGAAGUUAUCAGUGCUGCCCUAGCCAAGUAUCCGGAACUACGAGCGAACAUGGAAAAGCUUGUUCCCGACAAGGUUCCCUACGCCGACUUCUGGAGGCGAUACUGUUUCCUCCGACAUAGUAUCGAGACAGCCGAAGCACGUCGCCGAGAUCUAUUAAAGGCCGCCUCCGCCGAAGAAGAGAUUGGAUGGGGUGAGGAAUCCGACGAGGAGGAAUCAGAAGAAGAGGAGUCUGAGGAAGAGUCCGACGACGAUACGGCGCCAGCUAAGCCGGCACAAAAGCCAACCGCAAAGCCCGCGCGGCCAGCUUCUAUCGAGUCCUCUACGACAAUUCAUCCGCCGGCGGUUACCACUUCGGAUAAGAACCGUUUGAAGCCGUCCGAACCUCGUAAGUCUAAUGAUGAGAAAUCUCAACCUGACAGCGAUACGAGCUACGAUGUUGUAGGCGCGGCGUCCGGAAAUCCGAGCCAGGCCCCGAACAGUCCCAAGGAGGCCCGGAAAGCAGAUAAUAGCGACGACAGCGAUGAUGAUGAAUGGGAGUAAUGCUACUGCUUAAUCCUUGGCAUAUUGCCGCUCUCCCUUUGGUAUGGGCUGUUCGGAUUUGGUGCUCUCAUAGGCGUUGCUGGUUUUUUUAUUGGAUUGGCCCCGAACGCAUGAUAUAUUUGU